CUAACUGAAGGGAACGAUCUCAGUAGCUCCAGUAUACGUGUAGUGUUUAUGUUUUUAUAGGUACAUCCAUUUAUUCAAGCAAUUUUUGUAUCCUAUUAGAUUUUCUUACAAGUUAGUGAGAAAAUAAUACUUGAUAGUCCAUUUCAGUAAUUAUUUAAACGUGUUUAAUCCACGUGAGAUAUAAUAACAUUAUUUUUUAAAACUGAACCUAUAAUCAGUAACAACAAAUAACACCUUAAGCUAACCUCUAAACGUUGAAAAUAUUUGUGAGCAUAUUUGUAAAGUCAAAUUUAGAUAUUUGAUAAAAAAAAUGCCAAAAGUACGUAGAAGUAAGAAACCACCACCAGAAGGAUGGGAACUCAUCGAACCAACUUUAGAAGAGUUGGAAUCAAAAAUGCGUGAAGCUGAAACAGAACCUCAUGAAGGAAAAAGAAAACAAGAGUCUUUGUGGCCUAUUUUCAAAAUUCAUCAUCAAAAAUCUAGGUACAUCUAUGACCUAUUUUAUCGGAGAAAAGCAAUCAGUAGAGAAUUAUAUGACUAUUGUUUAAAUGAAAAUAUUGCUGAUAAAAACCUUAUAGCGAAAUGGAAAAAAGUGGGCUAUGAAAAUCUAUGCUGUUUAAGAUGUAUCCAAACAAGAGAUACAAAUUUCGGUACGAAUUGUAUUUGCCGAGUACCUAAAGGAAAAUUAGAAGAAGGUAGGAUAGUUGAAUGCAUACACUGUGGAUGUCGAGGUUGCUCAGGAUAAAUUAGGCAAAAUAUAUAUUUAUUUUAUUAUUAAAACUUAAUUAUGUAUAACAAUGAAAAACCUUCUAUAAAUAUUUGUAAAUUAAAUUCAUCCGAUUAAAAAAUAACAUUAUAUUUAUUAUAUUCGAUUAUUGAAAGAAAAAUAAUAAAAUAUAAUGUGAGUAAAAAACCAAGUCAUUUCGUCUAAUCAUUUGCACAGUUUACACAAAUGUAAAAUAUUAAGAUAUAUUUUUUGCUUUUCAAUAUCUUUGAUAUAUACAAUUUUAUGUAUCCAAGAUACGUAAAUGAGACAAAUGUAUUCCCGAGUAGGAUUAUUAAGUUUUUACAGCUUUGUGAUCAUGAUCAUCAAUUUUUAAUUUGAAAUUUUUUAAUUAACUUGUCAUACGAUCAAUUUAAUAAUAAUAUAGACUUGAAAUAUUUAGAAUAAAUGCCCUGGAAGCAGUACUGUUGAAAUAAUUUAAGAAUCUGAACGAUAAUUAAUAUUUAUAACUCAUGUUUGAGUUAAAUAAAAAAAUAAUAAAUUGAAAUUUGUUGGCCACAUAUUUUACAGUAAAAUAGAUUUUUAAACGUUAGUUUUCAAUCUAAAAAACGGUCUCAGCUGAAUAAUUGGUGAUACUCUAUUUAUAAACGUUUUUUUGCAGUUGGUUUGAAAUUGUCUAUAAAGAUAUUUCAUUUAAAUCAGUGUGUAGGAAAUGAAAUUUUUAAUUUAAAAUAUUUUUAGCAUCAAUUCGAUGAAUCAAACCACAGAAAUUAUAAGAUAUUUAAUUUAUUUGUAAUAUUUCAUAUUUUUAAGCCAUGUCGUAAACACUAUUGAUUUUAACGUACAAUUUGUGAGACUAUUUUUGUGGAAAAUUUCGUUAUAAUUAAAUAAAAUAUUUUUGUGGGUACUAUUAGCCAACAA